ACGGUAGUGCAGCAGCAGAAAGCAAGUACAGGGAGACGAGAGAAUCUCUGGCUCAAACUACAGGCAACCACUAGCCACACGACACAUCCUGAGCGCCAUAUCAGAGGGAAGAAAUGCUUCUUUCUUUGGGUUUGACAUAGAUAUCCCCUCCGUGGUCUCACCACAAGCAAAAUAUGGCCCGAAAUUCCAUCCACUGGUUCCGGAAAGGCCUCCGUCUCCAUGACAACCCUGCUCUACAGGAGGCAGUGCACGGGGCAGACACAGUGCGCUGCGUUUACUUCUUGGACCCAUGGUUUGCAGGCUCCUCCAAUGUCGGGGUUAACAGGUGGAGGUUUCUCCUCCAGUGUUUGGAGGAUCUGGACUCCAGCCUUCGGAAACUCAACUCUCGUCUUUUUGUCAUCAGGGGCCAACCAGCCAAUGUGUUCCCACGUCUCUUUAAGGAGUGGAAGAUCUCUCGGCUGACCUUUGAGUACGACUCAGAGCCUUUUGGGAAGGAGAGAGAUGCAGCCAUCAAGAAGCUGGCCAUGGAGGCAGGAGUGGAGGUCAUGGUCAAGAUAUCACACACCCUCUACGACCUGGACAAGAUCAUAGAGCUGAAUGGUGGGCAGCCUCCUCUCACCUAUAAGCGUUUCCAGACUCUGAUCAGUCGACUGGAUCCUCCUGAAAUGCCUGCGGAGACGCUGUCAGACGCCACAAUGGGUCGCUGUGUUACCCCUGUCUCAGAUGACCAUGGAGACAAGUAUGGCGUCCCAUCACUGGAGGAGCUAGGUUUUGACAUUGAGGGCCUGCCCUCUGCAGUGUGGCCAGGAGGAGAAACUGAGGCUCUGACGAGGAUUGAGCGCCACCUUGAGAGAAAAGCAUGGGUGGCUAACUUUGAGCGCCCCAGGAUGAACGCCAACUCGUUGCUGGCCAGCCCAACAGGCCUCAGCCCCUAUCUUCGCUUCGGCUGCCUCUCCUGUCGCCUUUUCUACUUCAAACUCACUGACCUCUACCGCAAGGUAAAAAAGAACAGUUCCCCCCCACUCUCUCUGUAUGGACAGUUACUGUGGCGUGAGUUCUUCUACACCGCAGCGACCAACAACCCACGCUUUGACAAGAUGGAGGGCAAUCCCAUCUGUGUCCGCAUUCCCUGGGACAAAAAUCCAGAGGCACUUGCCAAAUGGGCUGAGGCCAAGACUGGCUUUCCCUGGAUUGAUGCCAUCAUGACUCAGCUGAGGCAGGAGGGCUGGAUCCAUCACCUGGCCAGACAUGCGGUGGCCUGCUUUCUCACCAGGGGCGACCUUUGGAUCAGCUGGGAGGAAGGAAUGAAGGUCUUUGAGGAGUUGCUUCUCGAUGCAGACUGGAGCGUGAACGCAGGCAGCUGGAUGUGGCUGUCCUGCAGUUCAUUUUUCCAGCAGUUUUUCCACUGCUACUGCCCCGUGGGCUUUGGCAGGCGCACCGACCCCAACGGGGACUUCAUCAGACGUUACUUACCUAUCCUCCGAGGUUUCCCUGCAAAGUUCAUCUAUGACCCGUGGAACGCUCCAGAGUCCGUGCAGGCGGCAGCCAAGUGUAUAAUCGGCGUCCAUUACCCGAGACCCAUGGUGCAUCAUGCCGAGGCAAGCCGACUCAACAUCGAGAGGAUGAAGCAGAUCUACCAGCAGCUUAGCAGAUACAGGGGACUCGGCCUGCUGGCAUCAGUGCCGUCUACAAACGGCAAUGGAAAUGGAGGAAUGAUGGCCUACUCUCCCGGAGAGCAGCAGCCAGGGACCAACAACAACAACAACAACUCACAAUUGCCUGGAGUGUCGGGGAGCUCUGUCACAAAGGGCAACGGCAGCGGGAGCAUACUACUGAACUUUGACAGUGAAGAACAGACAGGGCCUAGAAGUGUUGGACAGCGGCAGCAACGACUGCAACCACUGCCCCAGCAGCAGCAGGAGCCACAGCAACAACAACAAAAGCAACAGCAUGGAUACCACUCAGUGCCAGACAUCAGCCAGACCAUAACCAGCAGCCGACUCUACCAUGAGUUUGCUGUGCCUCAACAUCCAGGAAUCUUCCUGCACACCAGAGGAGGCAGCAUCACAGGAAAACGGGAACGGGAGUCGGAACGUGAAGGGUCAGGGGAGGAAAACCCUACGUCUUGCUCUGUGCAUAAAAUUCAGAGGCAGAGUGCAGAGACCACCUAGAGCAGGAGGAGAUUACACCGUCCAAAUCUACACGAGAGUCACCACCUGGGCAGCAGAAAGAGGAAAUCCAAAGGUCACUACUACUUGUUCUCCAAACAAACACAGGUCCAGACACGACCACUGCCACCUCCACCUCAAACACCUGAACUGCUGUCUGCCUUCACAGUCAGAAACUCCCCCUGGGUUGUAAACAAAUAGAUGAAAAUGUGAUUUCUGACUCUUUGACAGUUACAUCAUGAUCCACUCAGCUCUGGAAACCUCACAAGAAUGUGUAAAGGAAUGAUAUGCCUCAAACAUACAGCAUACAGUGAUGAAUUAUUUGUUACACAUAAAUUUAAAAUGAAUUUUAAAGUACACUUCUGUCUUAAAACUGCUGCUACCAGCCAGGAUAUACUGUAGAAACGCGGACACAGCUAUAAAAGUGUUUUCCUUUGUUUUCUAAAGCCGCAAAGACUCAAAUGAAUUGUCUGUCCUUUCAUACACAAACAUAACUCCACUUUUGUUUUUAUCGUUAGCAUCCCAGUGUGCUGCAUCCUCUAGUAACCAGGUUAACACUGUCACCAACACACAGUCAUUAAUACUCAUUGAUGUUAUAUUAUUUGUCACAGAUGGAACUUACUCAUUAUAGUGAUAAUAUAUGUGGAUGUUUCAUGUUGUCUGCAUGAAAUGCUUGUACAUAUGCUAAUUGGGUUUGUUUUAUGGGUUUUUUUAAGUAUUACAUUUUCCAAAAAACAAUAGUCUGGAUUUCCAAGGACAAUUUUUAAAAUGUUGUAUUACUUUCUGUUAUUAUUAUUAUUAUUAUUAUUAUUAUUAUUAUCAUUAUUAUCGUUAUUAUUAGGCCUGAUGCACAUGGGUAUUCACAUGUAUAGCCUUGCAGGUAAUUUCAGGGAGUAACAUCACUAGUUUGCACGUGCAUACACGGAGGUUUAUUUGGCAAGUGAACAUGAUAUCCUUCAAUUUAACACACAUUAUUCAUUGUUUUUUCCAUGGUAACGCAUACCAUUGCCUGGUCAGCGUAUGACAUGUGUUUUUUUUUAUAUUGGCAGCUAAAGAAACGGUUUAAAUAUUAUUUUAGAUCAGACAGGGGAUGUUUUGUCAGUAAAACUUUCUUUAGACUGUGGAAUCAUGGUGACAAGUGUGGUUGUCAUUGUAGUUCUUUGUGACAGGCGUUCUUCAUCUUCAGAGGCAGACACAUGGAGCCAGACACUUUUUAAGUUGUUUUCACACAUGUUCAUUAACAUAUUCCACAAUUUGCAUUGUCAACAAACAAAUAUGAGGAGGCCCUGUUCUGUAUAGUUAUUGGGAAUUACAAUUAUAUAGUUGAAGUUGUUGCUUUUGUCAACUAGGAACUGUUUCUUACAGUAUUUGUCCACUUGCAGAUCAUGUCUCUGGUUUUACUCUCAGUUGGUUUCACUCAAAUUAACAGCCAAAGUAAACAUUUUAUUUUUGGCACCCAGCUCACAGCUUGUCAGCAACAGACCAUGGAAUAUUCUAAAUUGCAAUUAGUCAUUCAAAAGUCCGUCACAUUUUCAUCACCUUUGUGUUUCCUCAUACAACUGUCAUCGUUCCAAAUACAUGUGACAAAUAAAAGAAGUUUUAAGACAUAAGACCGAAAUCCAGAGUAUCACUCUGGGGUUUUCCGUUGCUAUGAAAUGUUAACUUUGUUUCUUUGCGGUCAACAACCAAAACACAUGUCAGUUUAUGUAGGACAGGAUGCAUUUUAGAGAUAAGAAUAACCAAUACAGUUGGUUCCAGUCUCCUCAAAUGUGUCAGGUUUUUUUUAAUUAUUAUUUCUUGUAAAAAGAACAAAAAAAUUGCACCAAGGAAGGAGGAAAACAAAACAGUGAGUUGAGUCAAUCAACUCACUGGGAUCUCAUUUAAAUGAUCCUAAUUCUGUCUGUGAAAUAUAAGCAUUAAACAUUCCUCAGAAACCGGUAAAUCCUCCAAAUAAAGAAUUGAUUUUUGUACAAGGAGCUUUAA